AUGUGUGGCAAGAUGGAGCACAUUCACAUGGAACACAAGGGCUUACUUGGUGGAGAAUUUAAAGAGGGAAUUUGCGCCUCAAUUCCCAAACCCCCUCCUGGCACAUCAUCAAGCAGGCCAAACAGCAUGGUUGUGAAGAAGGUUUGCCCGCGGGAGUUCAUCCCGGCGCACAUCAUCGCGGAGGCGAUCUCGACGCUGCACGGGCUGGACCUGCGUUGGUCGGGGCCCAUCACGCCCAGCGAGCGGCAGUACGUGGAGCAGUACGUGCUGGCCAUGUACCCGCAGUACUCGCACGGCCUCAUAGAGGACGGCAGCUGCGACAAGGACGACCUCUACUCCACCUACGGCGGCACGGCGUCGUCACCGGAGGCCGGCGGCGGCGAGCGUCGGCGGUCGUCGCCGGUGGGGUCGCCGUCGUCAGCCGCCGCGAGGCCCGACAUGGUGGACAUGGUCCGGCUGGAGCCGUCGCGGCUGCUGGACAUGCUCACCAAGAAGUCGUCGUUCCCGGGGAGCUUCAUCUCGAUCCCGGAGAUCCAGGCCAGGAACCGGGUGCUCCGCCACUGCGGCCUCACCGACGACGAGUACCUCGUGCUCUUCGCGCCUACGCCGAGGGACGCCAUGAUGCUGGUUGGGGAGAGCUACCCUUUCUUCCGGAGCAGCUACUACAUGUCGAUCCUGGAGGAGGAGAGCGACUGCAUCCGCGCCUUCGCGGCGUACAAGGAGGCCAAGGUGAUCGCGGCGCCGGAGUCGUGGCUGGAUCUGCGCAUCAAGGGCUCCCAGCUCAGCCAGUACUUCCGGCGCAAGUCCAAGCACGUGCCCAAGGGCCUCUUCGCCUACCCGGCCGUCUCCCCUUCGAAUUCGUCGUCGCCCUCCUCCACCGCCACCUCCGGCGCGCGGUACUCGCUGCACUGGGUCUCCGAGGCGCACCGCAACGCGUGGCACGUGCUCCUGGACGCCACCGCGCUCGCCGUCGGCGAGGACCGCCUCCCGCUCUCGCUGCACCGCCCGGACUUCGUGCUGUGCACGCUCGGCGACGCCAUGCGCACGCGGGGGAUGGAGCAGCAGCAGCCGCAGCAGAUGCAGCCGGCGGCGAGGGUCACCUGUCUCCUCGUCAGGAGGAGGUCCUUCGAUACCUCCCUAUCCCAGCCGCAACAGCCACAGAAGCAGUAG